UACAUUGCGCCUGCGCGGGCUGAGGGCGGCGGCUCGGGUUCUUGGUGGGUGCUGGCUGCCCCUCCGUGUCGGAGGUGUGGACGCCAACCUCAGCGGAGAAGCGCGGCUGAGAAAUGGAGGGGAAAAUGAAACAUUAAAGCAGCAGCUAUGUGCAGAUCCCAAAGGAAUUAUGGCAACACCAGGUGACUGCCCCAGAAGUGAGUUGCAGGAGGGAGAGGACCCCGCCGUGCAGGGCGAGGAGGGGAACCUCCAGGGUACUGUGCACCCCGAGGAGUUCGUGGCCAUCGCAGACUAUUCUGCCACCGAUGAGACGCAGCUCAGCUUUUCGAGAGGAGAAAAAAUUCUCAUCCUGAGACAAACCACCGCCGACUGGUGGUGGGGUGAGCGUGCCGGCUGCUGCGGGUACAUCCCUGCGAACCACCUGGGGAAGCACCUGGAGGACUGGGGCCCCGAGGACUCGUGGCAGGACGAGGAGUACUUCGGCAGCUACGGGACCCUGAAACUUCACUUGGAGAUGUUGGCAGACCAGCCACGAACGACUAAGUACCACAACGUUAUCCUGCAGAAUAAAGAAUCCCUGAAAGAUAAAGUGAUUCUGGAUGUCGGCUGUGGAACUGGGAUCAUCAGCCUCUUCUGUGCACAUUAUGCUCAGCCUAGAGCAGUGUAUGCGGUGGAGGCCAGUGAGAUGGCCCAGCACACAGGGCAGCUGGUCAUGCAGAACGGCUUCGCUGACAUCAUCACCGUGUUCCAGCAGAAGGUGGAGGACGUGCUGCUGCCGGAGAAGGUGGACGUGCUGGUGUCCGAGUGGAUGGGGACCUGCCUGCUGUUUGAGUUCAUGAUCGAGUCCAUCCUCUAUGCCCGGGACGCGUGGCUGAAGGAGGACGGGGUUAUCUGGCCGACCACGGCCGCGCUGCACCUGGUGCCCUGCAGCGCCGACAGGGACUACCGCAGCAAGGUGCUCUUCUGGGACAACGCCUACGAGUUCGACCUCAGUGCCCUCAAAUCUUUAGCAAUUAAGGAGUUUUUUUCGAAGCCCAAGUAUAACCACAUUUUGAAACCAGAAGACUGUCUCUCUGAGCCAUGCACCAUAUUACAGCUGGACAUGAGAACCGUGCAGAUCGCCGACCUCGAGAUGAUGAAAGGUGAGCUGCACUUUGACAUCAAGAAGGCAGGCACCCUCCACGGAUUCACAGCCUGGUUCAGUGUCCAGUUCCAGAACCUGGAGGAGGAUGAGCCACAGCUGGUGCUGAGCACGGGCCCGCUGCACCCGUUGGAGAGAAAGUCUUUCCCAUCUGGAGAUGACAGGUGCAGCUCUGUGCGGGAUGCAGCGUUGUGGAGGGACAGACACGACUCAGUGGCGUCGGCCCUGGACGGGAGCGCGUGUCCUGUGGAAGUUGCGGACUUGCACCAGGAUGGGGUGGUAACACCCUUACACGAGGGCGCGGGGCCGCGGGCCCUCCCCAGAUGCGCCCGUGCUCCUCGGGGUCCACGCUCGCCAUUGUCACUGUCCUGCCUGUCCUUAGAACUGGGCUGUGUUUCCAGGUGUCCACCUGUGGGUAGUUGAUGGCCCAGUGUCCCUCAGCCAGGUCUAGUUCUAAGCUCGUAGGACACUCUCGUCAACCCUGUGCUCCUGUGAAGGUGGCUGUUCGUGCGUCGUGUGUGCGUGUCCUUCCCGCCCUCGGCUCACCCACUCAGCUCGCGGGAUGUGGGGUCACACAGAGCCUCGUGGGAGCCUGAGGUGCGAUGCAUGCGAUGGGGCUCUGCAUGGGGUAGUCCACUUGUAGAGACGUCUUCCAGAUAAAUUAUGUGUCGGCACAUAGUACAUGCUCAAUAAAUAUUUUUUAAUAAAUGAA